AUGGAGCCCACAAAAGCUCUAACCAUCUUCCUCAUUGGGCUGUCUACCCUCAUCAGAUUCUCCCUCUGUAGAGAAAAUCACUUCUCUCCAUCUCUCCCCACUGGCCAUUAUGAAAAAGCCCUUCUCAGACUGGACCACCUCAAGACCUCCAUUAAAGUUGCUUCCCCAUCUCCUUUUACUUCAACCCCAUCACCGGGUGAGAACAAGGCAGGGGUAUUUCUGCCCACCUCGUACGGUGCGGAUCCAACGGGAAAAUCAGACAGCACGGAAGCGAUUCUUAAAGCCAUACAAGACGCCACCAGAAUUCCCACUAAGAAACGUCACUUGAUGCCUGGUGUCACCGAUCUGGGUGGUGCUCGGAUUGAUCUUCAGGGCGGAAACUACCUCAUCAACCACCCCCUAAGGCUGCCGGCCACCGGAUUCGGCAACCUCAUGAUCCAUGGUGGAACUAUAAGAGCUUCAGAGAAUUUCCCACCAAAUGCGUAUCUGAUUGAUUUAUCAGAAACAUCAAACAAGGGAAAGCAAACCCAGAAAGCUUCACCAAAUCCUUCACAAUACAACUAUGAGUAUAUAACCCUCAAGGAUCUUUUGUUAGAUUCAAACUUCAAAGGAGGAGGCAUUUCAAUAAUAAACUCACUCAGAAUCUCCAUACAAAAUUGUUACAUCACUCACUUCACCACCAACGGGAUUCAAGUCCAAGGAGGCCAUGAAACCUUCAUCCACAACACCUUCCUUGGCCAGCACAUCACCGCCGGAGCCGACCCCUACGAGAGGAGCUUCUCCGGCACCGGGAUAACCCUCGCCGGCAACGACAACGUCGUCACCGACGUCGUUGUGUUCUCCGCCUCCGUAGGCAUCAUGCUUUCUGGUGAAGCCAACACAAUUUCUGGUGUACAUUGCUACAACAAAGCCACUUCAUUUGGAGGCACAGGGAUUUAUCUGAAACUUCCUGGUUUUACCCAAACCAGGAUUGUGAAUUCAUACAUGGAUUACACGAGUAUUGUUGCUGAGGAUCCAGUUCAGCUUCACAUCUCAAGUAGUUUCUUCCUCGGAGACGCAAACGUUGUCCUGAAGUCAAAAAAUGGGGUCGUGAAUGGUGUCAACAUCGUGAACAACAUGUUUUCUGGGUCCAAUUCCGGGGUUGACAUUGUUCAUUUGGAUCAAUCAAAUGGACCUUUCAGGCAAAUUGAUCAAGUUCUGGUUGAUGGAAACAUGGUGAAUGGGAUGAACUUGAAGACCACAGUUGCAAGAGCAUCUUCUAAAGGGAAUGGAACCUCAUGGACAGUUGAUUUCAACAAAGUUUUGCUGUUCCCUAACCUUAUCCGACAUGUUCAAUAUUCAUUAUGCUCGUCGGAUAACACAUUCCCACAAUCUGUUCUUAGAAAUAUGUCUCAUAAUCGUGUUGUUGUUGAGACGAACAAGGUUGUUCAGGCUCAUGUUUAUGUCACUGUAAACCAAUGCAGUGAUAUAUAAAUCCAGGUUGCUUCUUGAAGAAGAGAAAUCUGUACAUAAACGCGGAGCUGAUCUUUAAUUUAUCCAUCUGUUUUUUUUUUUGGGACUUUUUUAAUUUUUAAAUGCUUGUUAAUAAUGAGAC